AUGUCGUCUGCUGACGGUGGAAAGUUGGAUGCCAAGACCUCGGAACAACACUGCAAGCAGGCAUCAAAGCUGUUGAGCAUAGUAGAUGAAAAAAAACAAUUGGCUUCCUUGUAUGAUAGUCAGGUCAUCAAUGAUAAGUUCCUAGAAGGGCACGCCAAGAAGAAUUAUCACCCUAAAACAACACAGUCAUACUUGAUGAGCCUCCGUCAUUUCUAUGCCUUUUCCUUAACUUGUGAGUUUUGCGAUGGCAUAUCAAAGAACAAAUCGUUGCCUUAAAAGAAAAAGUAAGCAGGUGGUCUUCAUCAUUCCGCCACUCUAGCGCAAAGAGACACUGGGAAAAAAUGGAGGAAGACUUGCACUCACUCAUAUCGCCAGAACAGAUCAAUGAAUUUGAAAGAAGCGAAGCUUCCCGUGAAGCUAUCUGUCUUCUAGGGCAGCUGUCAGGUGCCCACUGCAUUACCUUAACGCAGGCUCAAUACACAUUGGUAAGAGACUUCUUAAUUGUCGAAAUUUCUGUAGACAAUGCCAUCAGAUCGGGAGCCCUCGCAAACAUGACGAUGGGUGAGUUUAAAAAAAGGAGAAAAGAAGGUGAAGACAAUGUACUUCUAAUUAAGGAUCACAAGACCCUUGAAAGCCAUGGUCCGGCAAGAAUUGUUUUAAGCGCCAAAUUAGACAGCUGGAUGACCAUAUUUGUGAGAGAGGUUCGUUCCCAAGUUACUGGUGUUACAAAUGAUGAUGACAGUCGCGUGUUCCUGUCAUGGAAUGCACAAUCUCUAGCUUCAAGCCAAAUAAGCAAGUCGAUGAAGUCCGUAUGGAAAAAAGCAAAAAUUGAUGGCGAUCCCAGUUCAACAAUAUUGCGAAAGUCAGCAGUGUCAAAAGUUCACAAUGUAGCCAGCAGCAGCGAAGAGCAUAAUGAUCUCGCCAAUCUGAUGGCUCAUGACGUCGCAACUGCACGCAAGUACUACAGACUACAGGAGAAGGCAAAGUCAUCCGUCAAAGCCUCCAGGAAGCUGCGUACUGUCAUGCGCGAACAACCGCAACAAAAAAUAAGCCAUGAUCUUGAGAAAGAAAGCCAAGAUAUUGAAUCAUGCUCAAAGAUCUCCGCCGAGGAGGAGUGUCAGUCCACGACGUCCAAAGUAACCUGGACGGCUGAAAGGGAAGCUGUCUUGCGGACACUCUUUCAAAAGGAGAUAAAUCAAAAGGAGGUCACCAUGGAGGCUGUGAGGUCAAAUAUAGCUAAUCAUGCUGAACUCAAGGACGAAGAUCCUAAAAGGGUACUUGACAAAGUGCGCUCACAGUGGAGGUAUGCAAAACAAUCUUCUACUGAAAUUGUGAGUCCCCCUUCGGAGCAGGAAACGUUAGAACAACGUGUCCAGAGAUCACUGGAAGAGGACGCAAACAGUGACAUAAUUCCACCAACAGUAACAAGCAGCGUAAAGAAUAUGUUUUCCUCUUCUGACAAGGAAAACAUACAGGAAGUUUUUCGUGACAUGAUUGAGAAAAAUGCCCCAAUAUGUAAAACCAGAAUUAAGGAGCUUCUUCAAAAGGAAAGUUGGGGUAGAAGUAUCUUAAAGAAAGCCUCCUUAGACACUGUACUUAAUCGAGUAAAAUAUGAAAGACGUCUUUACAAAAAUUCAAAAAACGUCUAA